UAAAGCUGAGACCGGCUCAGGGAGAUCUGAACCCUUCGCACAGGUGAGCGGUGCUGCGACUGUCGUCCUGGGGCCGCUAUGAGCUGCACCAUCGAGAAGAUUCUGACAGACGCUAAGACUCUACUGGAGAGGCUGCGGGAGCACGAUGCGGCCGCCGAGUCGCUAGUGGAUCAAUCGGCGGCGCUGCACCGGCGGGUGGCCGCUAUGCGGGAGGCAGGGACAGCGCUUCCGGACCAGUAUCAAGAGGAUGCAUCCGAUAUAAAGGACAUGUCCAAAUACAAACCUCACAUUCUGCUGUCCCAAGAGAAUACACAGAUUAGAGACUUGAAGCAGGAAAACAGAGAGCUAUGGGUUUCCUUGGAGGAACACCAGGAUGCUUUGGAACUCAUCAUGAGCAAAUACCGGAAACAGAUGUUACAAUUAAUGGUUGCUAAAAAAGCAGUGGAUGCUGAACCAGUCCUGAAAGCUCACCAGUCUCACUCUGCAGAAAUUGAGAGUCAGAUUGACAGAAUCUGUGAAAUGGGAGAAGUGAUGAGGAAAGCAGUUCAAAUGGAUGAUGAUCAAUUUUGUAAGAUUCAGGAAAAACUAGCACAGUUAGAGCUUGAAAAUAAGGAACUUCGAGAAUUAUUGUCCAUCAGUAGUGAGUCUCUUCGGGUCAGGAAGGAAAACUCAAUGGACACUGCUUCCCAAGCCAUCAAAUAAUUCAACUUCUGAAUGACGGCUGGAGAUUGUUUAUCGAGGAAGGAAGUUAUUAUCUCUCUAUUCGAGUAUUGUCCAUUCAGUGUCUUGCCUCAGACUUGAUUUAACGUUGAUUAAAUGUAUCAAGUGGCAGUUUAGAAUUCGCAGUCAAAAGUGGCUGUCCACAAAACAGUUUUUGGGUAUGUUAGUGAAAAUACUCACUAAAAUACACUGAGUUUCACCAUUCCUUUCUCUAAGAGACUACUUUUAAUUUUCAUUUCUGGGACCUCAAUUUAUAUAAACUGUUUUCAGUUCAUUUUUUUUCUUUCAUAUCUCUGAAACUUAGAGCAUUUUAUUA